UCGUUGACUCCAGUUGUGUGCUCGCAGCUGCCGCGUGAGCGUCCAGUUUAAUCGUUGUCGCUGACGUCGUUGUUUUCGGUCUUGUCUCGUGUUGUCGCUGUUUGCCGUCGCUGAGCUGAGCUGGCGCGGUGUUGUAUGCCCCAUUUGAUCGGUGAUUAAGAUGCUGCAUCUGCCGCUAAUCGAACGAGCCGAGUGAAUGCCGUGCGCCGAGCCAUCGCCCAAUGUAUUAAGUGCCAUAUGAAUACACACUGAAGUGACGCCUAAAGGGCUGAUAGUUUGACGGGCUGACGGGCUAACGGGCCAACGGGCUGACGAGCUGACGAGCGACGGGUUUGACGUGCUGACAGGCAACGGGUAACGCCUCAAGUGUCUGUUUGCCAAUUCCCAAUUUUUGCCGCCCAAAGUGAAUUUCAGCAAUAACAACAACAACAGCAACAACAAUGUCGUAAUCAGCCUGCCUACCUCUGUGUGUGUGUAUGUGUGAUUAUGCGUAUGUGUGCGUGUGCCAGCGUGUGUAAUCCAAGAAAAUCUGUCACGUGCUUUGGAUAUCCCUGUGUGCUACUCCACGCGCAGCGUAUUUAUUGAAUAAAAUAAAAGAUAAAUGCGCCAGCAGACAAACAGACAGACACGAGUCCAAGGGAUACGAAAUUGGCUCCCAAACCUGACAGAUGUUGUUUUCCCAACAAGAAUAACAAUUCAGCCGAGUAGCUCAAGUGGAACCCAGCCGAACAUGGCAUUGGGCCAAGGCUUAUUUACAAAGCAGCAAAUGGAGUGUGUAUGAAAAUAGCAGAGACUAGAACAACAACAGCAACAGCAACAGCUUUAGAUCAAAACUGAUAAACUAAAACAAUAAACAAAUAAAUAAUCGUAUGCAAAAAUUAUCAUCAGAAAGAAGCGUAGAAGCUCUGGCUCCAUAAAAUUGGCCAUAAAAUCAAAACGACAACGACUGAGCCGUCCCAUAAAAAAGCGUCGAUUCUUCGGCUCCAGUAAACAAUUUAUAUUGCAUACAUACAUAUACAUAUAUAUCACGAAUAAGUUUUAUUUGGCGAAUUCCGUCAGCGUGUGCACAAACCAGGUCCUUGCACAUUGCGUAUACGCCACGUGUUGCCAGCGUCAGCAGAAAAUAUAAACCGACAGUGAGAGAGAGCGAGAGAGAAAAUAUAGUUUGAUUUUAUUUUUGGCUAGGUGCUAAAUGCGUUUACAUAUCUCUGGCGCGGCAAUUGCCGCCUCCGCCACCAGUGCAGCGAAAUAGAAGUGAAAGUGCAAAGAUUCGCAUUAUUUCUGCGUAGGCGAACAUUAAUCUCUGGCUAGGCGAGGCGAAGGGCGCAGUAUGCUGCGCUUGUGGAAAAAUCGAUCCAAAAUGCGAACAGACGCCGCUAGCAUGAGCAGCAGCAGCACCACCAACACCAACUCCACUAGUACCACCACCACCACCACCAGGACCACAUUCACCGACAGCAGACAGCCACAUCGCACCAAGCGGCUGGCACAGUUACUUAUUGGCGGCAUCCUCUGCAUGACAAUUGCAUCGCAUCCACAAACGAAGGCGGCGGCAACUGCCACGGCCGCCGUCACAGCUGGCUUCGAGGAGCGGGUCGUGGAGGCGUCCUCGUCAGCGGCUCUGGCCUUUCCGGCGGCUCAAGUGUCAUCGCUGCUGCCCGAGGUGGGCGCCUUGUCGGCCACUGGGGUCCUGGUGGAGCCCUAUCUGGACGGCUUCGCCACAUCGAAUGUGACCACGCAGAUCGGCACACACGCCUAUUUGCCCUGUCGGGUUAAGCAGCUUGGCAACAAAUCCGUUUCCUGGAUUCGUCUACGUGAUGGCCACAUUCUCACAGUCGACAGAGCCGUGUUCAUUGCGGAUCAGCGCUUUCUCGCCCUCAAGCAGCCGGAUAAAUACUGGACCCUGCAAAUCAAAUAUGUGCAGGCGCGGGAUGCGGGCACCUACGAGUGCCAGGUCUCGACCGAGCCGAAAGUGAGCGCGCGCGUGCAGCUGCAAGUUGUUGUUCCUCGAACCGAAAUACUCGGCGAACCGGACCGCUAUGUCAAAGCUGGCAGCAAUGUCGUCCUGCGCUGCAUUGUCCGCGGCGCCUUGGAGCCGCCGACGUUCAUCAUGUGGUACCACGGCACCGAGCAGCUGGCCGCCGAUUCACGACGCCAUCGCACGCAAUUGGACCCGAAUCUGCCAGAGGCCAGCGGCGACGGUCAGAGCACGAUCGGCUCAUUAAUCAUCGAGUCGGCCAAGAAGCGCGACACUGGCAAUUACACUUGUAGCCCGUCAAACAGUCCCAGUGCGACGGUCACACUCAACAUAAUAAAUGGAGAAUCAUCGGCCUCGGCUGUGACGUCAUCGGCCCCCAUCACACGUGCGUACACACUGUGCAUUCUGGCGUUGCUGCUGAGUGUUUUCCUGAUCGGCGUGGGACAACCGACAUGACAAGUCCAGGGGGGAGGCGAAAAGCAGCUGAAUUAAAGCAAAAGCCAGAACUAGGU